AUGGCUAGCUUCGCUAACGCGUGGGCUAUGAUUAGUAAAUUGGGCGGAGAUGGGGAAUUUAUAGCGGAGAAAAAAUUUGUCCCUUUUUGUGACCGGACAAUAGUCAAAGACCCAUAUAGGACAGGGGAUUUAAUGUUCGGAGAAAUUAAGAAAGAGAUUAAGGUUGUGCCGUCGGAGGUUGAAAUUUCAACCCCGAGAAUCAAUAAAGUUCGGGCUACGUAUAUAAUGCGCCGGAGAGAUAUUGAAAAUCUCAAGAAUUUGUUCAUAGCCCGGAGAGGUAUUGAUUACUACGUUUCAGGUUUCACGGUGACAUGUGCUUAUAUAUGGACUUGCUGGUUGAGAGCCGAGGCGGCGGAGGAGGAAAGAACGGAGUAUUUCAGCUGCAUAGCGGAUUGCCGGAGCCGGCUGAACCCGCCGCUUCCGGCGAGCUUCUUCGGGAACUGUGUGGUGGGGUGCCGAUUCGCGAAAUCAAGAAACGGGGUGUUAGUUGGGGGCGAAGGGUUUGUAAUUGCGGCGGAAUUGAUCGGAGAAGCGAUUCGGGAAAGCGUGAAUGAUGAGGAGUGGAUAUUGAGGGAGGAGUUCUGGUUAUCGGAGUUUAAAGAAGCAGAUCCGCGGCGGGUAGUUGCGGUGGCCGGAUAUCCAAGAAUGGACUUGUAUGGUGCGGAUUUCGGGUGGGGAAAGGCGGAGAAGGUGGAAUUUGUGUCUAUAGAUGGUGGAAAUUCAAUGUCUCUUUGUAGGUGUAGGGAUUCAGAAGGUGAUAUUGAGGUUGGGUUGGCAAUGCCCAGAGCUCAAAUGGAAGCUUUUGCUGCCAUCUUUGCUGAUGGACUUAGAAGCUUAUAG